UCUGGUACAAAUUUGAUUUUACUUUUAAUUUUGGAAAUUACAUGUUUAUAAAGUGUAAUCAUAUCGAUGCAUAUAUAACAUGUCUUCUGAAAAAAAAAAAAUUAUUUUUUACAUGUUGUUUUAAGAAUAAAAAACGAGCAAAAUAAAAUGCACCAUGCAGGAUAUUCAAGAUAAGCGCAGUAUUUCGUUAUGCCAUAUUAAAAAAGAUUCACAUUACCAUAAAUCACUACAAAUACCAUCGACUUUAUUAUUAUUGUGAAACAUCCGUUAAUUAUAUCUUUUUUUGUACGUAUUUCAAAUUAAUUUCGACAAAUAAGCUAUUCUAUAACACUGAAUAAGUAUAUACACACACACACAUAUAUAUAUAUGAAACUUGCAUAAAUGUCGUAAAUGACAUUGCUUCAAAGCAAACAUUCAUAUCGACAAGGAUUUUUUUGAUGUAUUCAGAUUGCUUAUUCAGACUGCCAUUAUAUUGUUUCACAUACUAAAAUUAUAUCAAAAAUGCAGCUGAAAAGAAAUUAAACAGAUUUUCUGUUUUUAUGUAGAUAACGAAUUUUGUGAAUUUCCGAAAUUAAUAAUAACGUGUCAUAUAAUUAAUAUCAUCAAUAUCUUGUGCGUAAUUAUUAAUAUGCAAAGAACUAAUGACUCACAUAACCGAACCAGUAAGAAAAACUGCUUUAGAUGUGAUACAAUACAAUCUUCAUGCUGCAGGUUGUAAUACUUACGUUACACGAGUUGUGUACUUCGGGAAGUAUUAUGGAACUCAGGAAGUUUUGCGGAAAAGAAUGGAAAAUAUUAUACACGAUUUACAAAUGGAUUACAGUGAUAUGCCUAUCACAGGACUGUUUCUUGUCUAUCCAAAAUAUUAUAUACACUUAUUAGAGGCGUGGGAAGACAUUAUUUAUAAACAUUACAAGCUUAUGUAUACUACGGAGAACAAUGAAUACAAAUUUGGGAAAGCGAUUCCUUUGCCUUCGUAUCAUCACGUUCAUCAAAGAUUUUUCGCGAGCUGGUGCCACUUUUAUACGAUACCGCCUACUUUAAUAGGAAUAUCAGAAGGCCACGCAUUGGACGAUAUUCAAAAGCAGGUUUCAAAUUGCUUAAUGAAGAUGUACACGUUGUGCGAAUAUGUAGCGAAUAAAAGUUUGGACAAAAAGUCGAUCAACGUUCAAAACGUGCUACAGAAUUUGGAAGACAAGGCGGCCCGAAACUUGCCCGAAAGUACGGUCCUCGAGUUUCUCUUGAGCGUAAACUCGCCUGUUCUAAAAACUGUCGAGGAAUAUCUGCAAAUGCAUUCCGACAUGUCGCCCAGCGCGUUUUGGGACGAUAAUAAUGUAUGGCCACCGCCGUGCGAUAUCAUGCCACGCGACGUAUUCGACGAACAUGGUCGUCGAAAGAUUUCGUAUCAUCCGAACAGCGAAAAAUAAACGUGCUCCAGAAGUCAACAAUCACUAACAAAAUGUGAGAAAAAAAUGAUAAAUUAUUUUUUUCUUU